UUUUAUACUUGGCUUAACAUUUAACGUUUUCGAGGAGGUAGUUUUAUCAACAAGUUAAUACAGAAUUGACGUAACUUGGUGACAGGUGUGUCUGAAAAUACCAACUGUACUGAUAUAGUUUAAUUGGUUCAAUCUAUAAUACAACGUAUUUACAUAAAUUUGUAUAUUGUAUAUGGAAUUUGUUGGAAUAUUGUUGGACGAAAAGAUCAAUUAAAACUAUGGAUACUUCCGGCACGUUUGAACCAUGGCUGAACGCAACAUCCGUCAUGUAGAAGACGUUUUCAAUGGACGUGUAAACGGUGUGGCACCUAACAAGCAACACAAUAUAUUAGACAGGAAAAGUAGCUUCAAUAUGUUUAAAAAUAAACAGGCUCCAAGACCUCCGUCAGAUCAAAUGCCGUUACCGAAAAUUGGUAACUAUCAGCCGAAGAUGUUACUUCAAAAAACACCUGGUGACGGUGAACAUGAUCGUAAAGACAAUAUUCACCAAGUGCAAGUUCACCAUACAAGUAAUGGCGUUUCAGCACCGCCGUUGAUUAUUGGUGACAAAGACGUUCCCCUUCGUAUUGAAAACGACACGGUUGAUAUAAGAGAUGACCAGCCUAUACCAGCACCCAGACGGAAACGCCGCGCGCCAAAUGCACCGGAAACGGAAAUUAUUCAUUCUGAACCAUCAACAAGUAAUCCGCUUUUCGGCAGAUCAAUGUCGCAAAGGUCAGAUGAAGAAAGGUUUGAAAUGGACUUAGAAGAGCAAGGAGGUGAUAUUGACUUUAGCAACGGUCUUGAUAAUCCGGGAUUUCAUUCACGAGAAAGGAAAAUUAGUGGGGUGUCACGUGAAAGAACAGAUAGUGAAUAUUCUUGGGCUGAGGAGCAGCACCAAAGAAUUCAAAAUGAACACCAAAAUAAUAAAAAUGGGAUAACGUAUCCCUACAUACCACCUCCUGAUUAUGAGGAUGAGGAAAUGACGAUGGAGUUUGAGGAUGAUUAUGAACCAAUGGUAGAUUAUGAAAGAAACAACGCAAAAGUUUAUAGAGAAUUAGAAGGAGAUGAUUUUGGGAAAUACAUACAAGAAGACGAUUACGAGUUUGAUGCACCAAACCGACCUCUUCGACAUCCUCCGCCACCUGGUAGUCAAGGGGGACAUUUUAUGCAAAAUAGGCCCCGGCAUGUUCAAAAACCAUUAAAAUCAAACAAAAACAUUGACAAAAAAAUGACCAAAUCAAAGAAAAAACACGCCCCUAGUGAACCAAAUAUGAAAAGAAACACUAUACGUGAUUUUACUUUCUCUGACUCUAAGAUAGGGUGGGGUGAUAGAACAACAAAAAGUACGUCUGCUAAGGGGCGCUAUAUCAAACAUAACAAAGACCGUAUGCGUAUUGACAACGCAGAGACAUUUGGACAGAAAGACACGAAAGGGUCUUACGAGGAAUUUCUAAGGGUCAAGAAUGGGAUUCCUUUAGAAAGCCCCAAUAGUAGUGAUAGCGGAGUAGAUACGGGUGAGGAAAGACAUCAUAUGAACAUGUAUCAACAUAGUCAACCAAAACAAAUGAGAAACGGAAAAUAUGAAAAUAAACAAAGUAUGUGGCAAAGAUUAACAUGGAGAUUUCGCAAGCCCCCUCCUGCUCAUAUAAUACAGUCAGAACGUUUAUGAUAAAACAUUUGUAGGAGAAGAGGAAGGGGUGACUAUGUGUUGGAAUUCAGCUAUAGAUCUAUCAUAGAUAUGAUUCUUUUCGGGAUUUCUUUUCUUUCGAAACAGUGUAAUCAUGGUCAUUAAAUCUGAUACAAACCUAAAUCUGAUACAAACCCAGUCUGUGGAUUUUACGAGGUGGUGCACUAAGUUAAAAGAAAGUGUUGAAUUGGAGAUAAUGCGCUUAUUCUUUGUUGUAGAAAGUGGGUCAUUAAGUUGUUAAAAAUAAUGUAAGUAUGAGGCAAUACUACUAAUGACAAAUCAAAUUAUUUGGUAUUUAAAAGUUCAGUACAACCACAACAGAAACUAAAUGUUACAUUUCGGAAUCUUGUUAAAGAAAGAAUUGCUUUGAUGUUAAAGGAAUUUGUAAACAGUUUAAUUGCGAUUUCUAAUCUAAAAUUCAUUGUACAUGUACUUGCUCGAUUUAGCAACAUGUAUGUACAUGUAUUCCAUUCGUUAUUAUAAGUCGUCUGCUGAUGUAACUAGAAGCAGACGAUCAGGGGUAAAUCUAUGUUCUCUAAAUGGAUAAGUUAUGAAUUCAGAGAAGAGAGAAAAAAAAUACAGAAGAUUUUGGUUAAAAAUGGCAUUUAAAAGUGAUGUAGGCAUUUUCAUUUAUAAAAUUACAAGUCGUUGACUGUUGAUUGUUCAAGCAAAUAUUAAAGUGCAUACUGUUGUACUUUUGGGCGUUAUAAAGUGUAUAAAUGCUUUUGUAAAUAUUUGGUUUUAACUGUGAUAUUACUGUUAACCAAGCAGAUAACUCGUUUUUUUUGGUUGAUAUCAAGGGUAUUUCAAUGUUUAAACAACUUGUUAAGCACGAAAUUAUCAGCAAAUCGGUACAGGCACGUAUUAAUUAAAGUACAUUUUUACCUGAAUAUGACUUUUUCAUAUGAAAGUCAUUUUUUAUUCAUCAGUGCAAAUAAAUACGCCCAUGUACAUUGACUGCCUAAGUAAAUACAGACUGUUUGCAAAUUUAUUUAAUGGAAUCAGUGAGCCGGUAUAUUUACAUAGUUUUAGAUGACGAACCUUCUUUCAGUAGGGCAAAGUGUUCAUGUGCAUAAUAUGUAAAGAAAUAUAAAUAUUUUUUACAUUUUCAAAGUCUCAUCACGAUCUACUUUGGCUGCUGUAUUACCGACAUGGAUUUUUUUAAUUAGAAGAUGUACCUAUAGAUUGUUUAAGACUGUUUUGAUAAUUGUUAAAUGUUUGUAGUACAUAUUAUAUACAGCAAUAUAUAUACAAUUUAUGAUACAGAUCUCGAAAUGAUAUCAAGAAGUUAUAACACCGCCCUAUAUUAUACACAUUUGCGGAAGUCGGUCGUGAUUGGUCUUUUCAGAAAAAGUAAAUCGUAUGAUCAGGCGAUAAACAGAGCUGUGUUCAGAAGGCUACAAAACAUGUGCCUUUUAUACUGAAUGUUUAAAUCAUAAUUCAUAAAUUUAAUUGCAAUGGAGACAUAUUAAAUAUUUCAUGACGUUAUUUUCCAUAUCCUUAUUUCCAUACAGCCAUUAGUUUAUAUAAUAUAUGUCUAUGCUGCACACAAUUUGAAUAUAUCUUAUAUAACAGACAUGCAUGUUAUUUGCGUGUGUGAUACGAUCCUAAUUAGCAUUUGGCAAACUUGCAGUCCUUCUUAAGUUUAUUCUAAGUACUCGGUGAACUUUAUUAAUAUUAUGUAUACGUUUUUGAUAAUUUUAUUACUUAGCGCCGUGAAGUCAUAAUUUCUAGAACAAUAUCGCAUUUCAAACAGAUAAACAUGUACAUUUUUGUAUAUGUUUUGAUAAUUUUAUUGCCUAGCGCUUUGAAGUCAUAAUUUCGUACAUUAAAUUUUUCAUGAAUGACUUAUUAUAAUUUAGUUCUUUUUAUGGUUAAGUUUAUGAUGUUUGCCUGUUUGGAAAUUAAACAACAUUAAUAUUGAAUACAUUGUUGAAAUACAUGACUAGUCAAAAGGAUAAUUAAAAGUGUUCCAAAAUAAGAUCAUAAAUAACAGAAAACGAUCGUUUAAAUUGGUUAUUAAUGUCUUUUUUGUAAAUAUUGGUCAACCAAAUCAACUAGGUUAAUCAAAUCAUACGUCUUCAUUUA